AUGGCGGAACGACAGGCCGAGAAUGUUGUAGCAACGAUCACUGCUCGUUGGGCAGAUUUAGCGCUCGAAGAAGAAGAGGUUGCGCCAUUCGCCCCUCAGUUGGAUGAGUCAGAGGGUGCUGCGGCAGGGAAGGCCGAACGAUGGAUGUUGUUGGGACGUUUUCUGACGAACAAGUUGGUGAAGGUGGAGUAUAUGCGGCAAGUGAUGGCGGCAGCAUGGCAGCCGGUUACGGGUAUGCAGGUCUCGGAAAUAAAGCCUCGGCUAUUCAUGUUUACUUUUCAUCACGUUACUGAUAUACAACGAGUGCUUAAUGAUGGUCCAUGGCCGUUUGAGAAUGCAACGCUGAUUUGUGAGCAACUCGUGGAAGGGGGUUUCCUGGAUGAUGUUGUGCUUGAUACGGUACAGAUGUGGAUACAAGUUCAUGGCUUACCAAUGGGUUAUACAUCUGACAAAAUCCUGGAACAGAUUGGUAAUUAUCUGGGCACCUUUGUGAAGGGAGAUGACAGAGUUGCGGGUGCUCCUUGGAAGGUUUUUUAUCGGAUCCGUCUCGCUAUUCCGGUUGAGAAACCAAUGAAACGAAGGCUGAAUUUUGUCAAAAGGGAUAAGUCUACGUGUUGGGUGACUUUCAAAUAUGAACGCCUGCACAACUUUUGCUUUUAUUAUGGAAAGCUCGGUCACUUGUAUAAGUUUUGCCGAAUGGCGCGGGAUUCGGUAUUACCGGUAGAAGAAUAUCCUUACUCUACAGAGCUACGGGCGGGGAUUAAAAGAGGGCCGAGGGCAGUUGGUGAGCACUGGUUGUUACCGACACAGGAGCAGCAGCCUCGGACUAGUGAGGCUGCCGCGGGGCAGUCCGGGGUGGCCGAAUUGGCGCUGCCGAACAGCAGUAGGGAGGAGGCGGAUUAUGUGAUGAAGGCAGUUGCAAAAAGACGCAAGGAGGGGUAUGCGGAGGAGGAGGGGCGACGGGUUGGUAACAAUGGGGAUGUGACUAUGACGGAUCUCUCAAAAAACUUGUUUAUGGCGGGAGCUGGAUCGCAACCCCACCCGUCCUCAUGA